GGGGUGGGAGGUGAGGGGCAGUGGAGGACAGUGGAGCCUGGCCUGUGGGAGGCGAGAAUUGGGGGUGGGGAUGGCGGGCUCGACGGCUCGAGCGGUUUCCCGGAAGUCACCUGCGACCAUCUUCUCUCUGCUGCGCCAACAACUAGGCAGCCCCAGAGUCAACAUCAGCCAAGUAUGCGGAAAGCCCAAGGUGGUUGGGAAGAUCUUUGGAGGUCAGGAUGCAGCACCUGGCCAGUGGCCGUGGCAGGCCAGCCUGCUCUACAAGGGCCAGCACCUCUGCGGAGCUGUCCUUGUCGACUCCCACUGGCUACUCUCCACUGCACACUGCUUUCUCAACAAAUCACAGGCUCCAGAGAAAUACCAGAUUCUGUUGGGAAACACCCAACUGUACAGUCAAACCCAGCACUCUCAGAAGAUAUCUGUGAACCAGAUCAUCAUCCAUCCAGAUUUUGAGAAAUUUCAUGCUUUUGGGAGUGACAUCGCGAUGUUGCAACUGAGUCAGCCUGUGAACUUCACUUCAUAUGUUGUCCCUGCUUGCCUCCCAUCCCUGGACUUGCAGCUGCCCAGUCAUGCAUCCUGUUGGAUAACUGGCUGGGGAAUGCUCACCGAGGACACACAGCUGUUACCACCCUUCCAUCUCCAGGAGGGUAAGGUGGGCCUCAUUGAGAACAAGUUCUGUAAUAUCUUAUACGCGAUAAAAACAGGCCAAGCCCAGAACUACUCUGUGCAUGAGGAGAUGCUAUGUGCAGGGGACCUCACAACAGGAAAGGCCAUCUGUCAAGGAGAUUCUGGAGGCCCCCUUAUCUGCUCUCUGCCCAGGACCUGGGUCCUGGUGGGGUUGGCCAGUUGGGGCCUGAGCUGCCGGCAUCCCACCUACCCCAGCAUCUACACCAGAGUUGCCUACUUCACUGACUGGAUUGAGAGAGUUAAGAGGCUCACCCCACUCCCCAAGGAAACAUCUAUCCCUGCUCAGGCCCACAGCUCCUUCCAGCCUAAAAAUGCUGCUGGCUUUCCCAGACCCUACAUGGCUCUUAUGCCUCCCCAAAUCUGGCUCCUGCCACCACUUACCCUUGAGGUCCUAAGCCAGGCAUUGUGGUGACACUGAGAUCCUGGACCCACCCCUAUGCAUGCCUGUCUCUGUGCUGGAACCUUUAUCUCCCCAGCCCAUCCUGUCUCUACAUGGCUCCUUCUGCAUAUGUUUCCUGUCCAUCAGCUGCCACUCCCCAAACCAAGCCUGGCAAAGCCAAACCAAAUAAAAGACCCAUCUGUUCAU